GCGCUUGCCCCUUGCACUCCUCUCUUGUUAAGCUUUGGAUUGUAUGUGAAGCCUAGCUACGUCUUGGAGGCAACAAAGAAUUUACAGGCUUGGAGAGGCCCACCCCUUCAUUCAUGAGGGAGUCUGACCUGUCUCUACGACAACAGGACAUAAACAAAUGGGGUAUCACUGUCACCACUAUCACCAGUUGAAGCCAGUCAGUUGCCAUUUACAACAGUGCCAAGUCCACAACUGAUGGGUAAAUAAUCUCUCAUCCUGUUGGAAGGGAGCUUGAAAUCGUACACCAUGGUAAAGAAUGCUUAACAGACUAUUAGGGCUAUCCACACUAUUUAAUAUAGUCAAAGUAAAAGAAUCACACCUAAAAUGACUAAACCACUUGUAUUUUCUUCAAAGCCCACCAAAUCCAGGAAAUCAAAGUCCCACAGUUCUAGCCCCGCCAAGAAGAGUGGGGGUCCAAAAGCACCCCAAAAGACGUCCUCUUGUGCCAAACCCCCUAAGACAGAGGUGGACAUCCUCAGCCCAGCAGCCAUGGAGAACCUCUACUACAUUUCUCACAAUGCAGUGGAUUGUCUGGUGUUCAGGGGCUUUGGGUGGCCAAAUUCAAAUAAAAAGAAGAAAAAGAAGAAAGGAACAAAACGGAAGAAGAAAAAGUAAAUUAUCAUUUUUGCCAAACAAAAGUAAAUUUCCCCUUUCUUAGGGUAAAAUGUGUUUAAAUGUGAAAUACCUAAGUUUUUAAUACCUUGCUGAUGGCCCCAUCUGGUGGACACAUUUGUUAUAA